AUGUCCGUCAACUUCGCAGGAGGCAGGAACCAACGGCCGCUCUGGGCAAGCUGGAGGUACCGGUCAUGCGCGAUCCCGAAGUAUGAGUCCAGGGAGACCCUGGAAAUUUGUGUAGAUAUUCUCAAGUUUAGUAUAUGCUAUAUAAGUUCAAUAUAUGCAAAACAUGGCCUCAAAGAAUUGGAUCCCAAGAGUUCCGUACGUUCAAUGCGCGGAAUCCCUCAAGAUCUUGUUUUUUUCGCGGUUUGGCAGCCCAAACAUGGGCUCAAGAAUGCGUUGUGUUUUGUAAAUUUCAUGGGCAUAAGCCCAAUAGCUUGCGUAUUUGCACUUCCAUGGCUCUGUGUGGCUGUUCGGCCAUCUGUUGACGAAAUUGGGCACCGAUCGCUUCUGCUGGAGAAGGGUAAGGAGGCGACGUGCGAAGGAGAGCGACGUGAGCGCCUGCGGGAAGGGCUGCGUGGAGUGGGCCUCACCGGAGAAGGAAACCCCUGCGAAUGGACGGGCAUCGAGUGCAUCGAUGGUUGCAGUGUGCGGAGGAUUGAGAGCAGAGAGGCCUCCGGCAAUGUGGCCUCUUUUGUGAACAUGACCAGCCUCGAGGCCCUUCUCCUCCCCCACACCCAGGUCUCCGGAGACCUCUCCUCCCUCCAACACCUGACCAGCCUCAGGUGGCUUGACCUCUCCCACACUCAGGUGUCUGGAGACAUCCUCUUUCUCCGGAACCUGACCCACCUCAUGGGCCUUCACCUCUCCCAGACAGAGGUCUCUGGAGACAUCUCUUCCCUCCAGAACACCAGCCUGUGGCGCCUGGACCUCUCCCACACCCAGGUCUCAGGGGACCUCUCCUCCCUUCAGAACCUCACCCAGCUCCGGUUCCGCCUCGACCUCUCCCGGACCAACGUCUCAGGGAACCUUGCGGCUCUCCGUGACCUGGCCAAGCUCCAAGACCUUCGCCUGGCCCAAUUGCCUGUGCAGGGCGACGUCGCAGCGCUGCAGUACCUGGCCAAAUUGGAGCUCGCCGACCUCUCCGGGACGUUGGUGUCUGGAUUCCUGGAAGGAAGCUGCAAGAAGGACUACUGCCAGAAGCUCCGAGAUCUGAACGUGGCCGACACCAAAGUGGGCAUUGGGAAUCCUUUGCUCAUGUUUGCCUCCAUAGGUUGGGCUGCUUUGCAGACAUUGAAUGUCAGUGGCAGCCAGCUGAAUCUCACCACGCAGGAGCUACUUGAGCCUUUGAAGUUCACGCGCAUCACCCGCCUUCUCGCAGCCAACUGCGCCCUCCACGGGUCUGUGCCCAGUCUGAAGGGAUGGCCGUUCGGCCGGACUUUAAGCGGGUCUUUGCAGGUCUUAGACCUCUCCCACAACCGAAUGGAUGCCGUGAGUGCUGACUCAUGGCUGCCCAAAAUCCGCUUGGAUCUGAGCCACAAUGCCCAUCCACUGCGAGUCAGCGCAGAGGUCCUCCGCCGCGUCAUCAAGUCAGGGAUGGAGCUGUGGCUCACGCGCACGGAGCUGGCGAAUCGAGACGAGGUCAUGGGCCUUUGGCAAACGGAGCUAAGUCCGCAAGAGGCUUGGACUCCAAGACCUUCUCAAGGCUUCGAGUGCCAAGACCUUUCCAAUCCCAAUCUGCGUGUUACUCCGGAGCUGUUCCUCCCGGAGCAGAUGUGUUCAUGCAGCCCCGGCUUCUUUGGAAAAGGCGCCGAUUGCCAGCAGUGCUCAAAUGGCACAUACAGCGCAGGGAGGAAUUCCUCCCACUGCACCAAAUGCCCCGAGGGCAGCAGGUCAUUGGCUGGAUCCACAGCUGUGAGCCAGUGUGUUUGUCCUUUCGGCAGCCCAGAAGAAACAUCCGAAGGAACAAGUCGUUGCAGAUGUGAUGCCCAUCAAGCUCUCAUCUCCCAGCAGCUCUGCAUUCCCUGCAACGAACUGAACUUGCUGUGCGAAACAUCAGGGCACGUGGCGAAAGAUGCGCCACUGGAGGACGGUUUUUUGCGGUUGGAGGUGCCCUCCGAGGAGAUCUUCCAGUGCUUGGAUGCGAAGCAUUGCCAAAAUUCCAGCUGCGCAGAAGGACGUAGUGGUCCGUUGUGCGUCGAUUGCGCCGAGCAUUUCCACGCCACCGGCGGCCUUUGCCUCGAAUGCAAAGAUAUUUCUGCACAGCAGACGCUGUGCAUCAUGCUGGGUAGCGCCAUAGCCCUGACCCUGCUGGCUGCCGCUGCAUGGCUUAUGAGGCAUCGAGUGCCAUCGCUCAGCCCAAGCAACAAGUGCCUUCUGCAACUCCUGGUGGAGCAGUUGGCGGCGCUUCUGCAGCUCACGCAGCUGUGGGCGGUUCUUGGACGUUUACGGCACCCGGUCUCUUCCGGAACGGAGACGGACGAGCAAACCUCGAGCGACCCAGUCCUUUCGUUGCUGGAAGUUUUUCAGUUCACCAGCGCGGAAGUGCAAAACUUCCUGGCUUUGGAAUGUGUGUACGAUGGAGUCGCCGUACGAAGUCUUUUUGCACUUGCCACACCGCUGGUUCCGCUGCUGAUUCUGCUACUUUGCAGCUGUGUGGAGAUCUUCUCCCGUGGAUUGGGCAUCCGCGUGGGUCUCAAGAUCCUCACGGUGCUCUUCAUCGGCGGUGCCUCGGGCAGUGCGCAGCUGCUAGGUUGCCAGGAAGUCGAUGGUGCAGGUGUGCCUUUGAAGGACUUCUCCUACCGACCGCUCUUCCCACAGCAGCGAUGCAACGAAGCGCCCUGGGUCGACAGGAUUGGCUGGACCACUGCUCUUUGCUACGGCGUUUUCAUCCCUUGCUUCCUGGGAUUUCUCUUCGCGGAGCAAAAUGUGAUCAUGCGAAAAGUCAAGAUGGUCAAUAUCCAAACUGCAUUCCAGGAGGGAAAGGUCCUAGUCCGGCUGCAAGGGCUCACAGCUGAGCAAUCCUUGAAGGACUGGGAUACCAUGUUGACCAAACGCCUGGUGUGUGGUGCAGCAGCCUAUGUGGCCGUGCGCGUGAAGGGCCGAGCAGUGGUGGAACUGGCGAAGGAUGCCGUGAUGGUGACUCCCGCCGAGGGACUGGGAGCCUCCGGAAGCGGAGAAGUCGAAAGCUUGGUCUUCGGAUCUGACGCGGAGGAGCUGGAGGCAUUGCAGUGUCAUGUCAUGGCGCAGAUGCUGAUGGAGCGAAGCAUUCUGGAGCAGGAGGAAGAUCGAGUGAUGCUGGGUGCGAAGCAGCUCUUUUUGAAGUAUGCGAAGUGCGAAAAUGUUUGGAUGGAGGUUUGCGUCAAGGUGACAGCAGCUGCCUUGGUCUCUGUGGUCGCUGUGAACAAUCUGUGGCUUUCCGUGGCCAUCACCCUGGGCAUGGCGCUGGUCAUUGGCCUCACUCGGCCCUUCGUGCAGCCGCAGUUGAAUGUCCUGCAGACCGCCUGCUUCGCCUGCUUGGCUGUGGCGGCGGUGGGAUUUCGGUACCACGUGGCUUUGGCACGCCUGGCGCUGGCCGUUCCCUUCGGUCUGUUGCUGGUGCAGCUGCGACACCCGGACUCACCCGAGAUGUUGGCGCUCAGGUUGCAGCAGGAGUUGGAGGAUAAGAUCCACGAGGGUCCCGUGAAAGUCAGUGCCGAACAGUUCGCUUAUUAG